AUGGAUAAAUAUCGAAACCUAGAUCUUACCGAUGAACAAUCUUAUUCUAUAUUAUUACAAGGUGUUGCUGAAUUACAAUCAUUAGCUGCUGAUGUUGGUAUUGAACGAGAAAAACUAUCAUCUAUCUCGGAAGAAGAAUACAAUAAAUCAACACACGUUUCUAAUGCAGAAGAAACUCUACAAGUCAUUAAACAAACAACAGACAUAGCUCGUUUUGCUAUGAUUUUACUCGUACGUGGUGCACAAAUAGGUGCAUUAAAUGUAAGUCACAAGUCAAAAAUUUAUAAUUCGUUUUCAUCUGCUAUAUCUUAUCUACGUGAAGAAUACCGUUCACAUCAACCUCCAAAGCAUUUAUUAGUUGAAUGGGAAGGAAAUGCAACGCUGAUUGAUUUAUUUACUAAAAAUGAAGGACUUUAUUGUAAUAGACAUAUAGCACAAGAUAUGUUUGACAUUUGUUUGGAUACAUUCGACUGGCUUCGUUCAUUUGCUGACAACCAUCAAUAA